GGUAAAUACGUCCUUUGCUGUUUCUGUACAGGAAUGUGACGACGCUAAAUCUUAAUCUUUGGAAUUUGCGGGGGCCAAAGCUUGAUUGCAUGACCUGUUGCUUGGCUGCCUGAACGCUCCCCACGGGUUACUAGACCAACACAUCCAGUCCAGAAUCAGGAUGUUUGCCUCUGACUCUGAGUGGGAGCUGUAACCUGGACAGACCUGGUUGUUGAUAUUGUAGGAGCUGAAAACUUUCUCUCAGAACAAAUGAAGUUACUGGAAUCAGGUUUUCUCUGUGACAUGGACUCGACAAGCAGCUCCUGACGUUUACUGAGCUGAGAGCACGGUGACGAGAGGACACUGGUGGAGUUCACACAGUGGCCUGAGAGCUGAUACCUGCGCAUACACCGGCAGUACAGUACAAUAAAGUGCACUACAGUACAGUACAGUGCAGUGCGACCAUACAGUAGGAUGGAAGAGGACAUAGACAAGAUGACCUCCCAGCAGGCUCUCUGUGUCCCAGACGAGACGACCAGCAAACGGCCCAGAAUCUCCACUCUCAAGUUGUUUAUUGUGGCGCUGUCCUUCGCCUAUUUCUCCAAGGCCCUUACAGGGACCUACAUGAAGAGCUCCAUCACUCAGAUCGAGAGACGCUUCGACCUCUCCAGCACGCACAUCGGACUCAUCGAUGGCAGUUUCGAGAUGGGCAACCUGCUGUUCCUCGCUGUGGUCAGCCAUUUUGGUGCCAAGCUGCAUCGGCCCAGACUCAUUGCCAUGGGCUGUAUGCUCAUGGCAGUGGGGGCCUUUCUCACCGGCCUCACCCACUUCUUCAUGGGCAGCUACAAGUAUGACACGGUCAUAAAGCUUUUCCAGAACGACAGCGUAAACAUCGCUGCCUGUGUGGGUCCACCGGAAGAACCUGCAAUUCUAGUAGAACCUUCUUUAGAGGACAAGAAAGCCUGUGUGAGGGAGUCCGGCUCCCACAUGUGGAUCUACGUGUUCCUGGGGAACGCUCUGCGCGGCAUAGGAGAAACCCCGGUCACACCUCUGGGCAUCUCCUACAUCGAUGACUUUGCUAAAGCUGAAAACUCUCCAUUCUAUAUAGCAUGUCUCCAGACCAUUACUCUCCUGGGCCCCAUGUUCGGUUUCCUCCUGGGCUCCUACUGUGCCAGACUGUAUGUUGACAUUGGAUAUGUUGAUAUGGACAGUGUGACCAUCACUCCUCAAGACGCCCGCUGGGUGGGCGCCUGGUGGAUGGGCUUCAUGGUGUCCUCUGCUCUCCUGCUGGUCUCCAGCGUCCCCUUCUGGUUCCUGCCCCGCUCUCUGCCCGAGCAGGAGGGAGACGAGGGCCCGCCGGCCAGCUCAACCCCGGGUGGGACAGACGUCGCCCUCAACAACAGUAACAACAACAACCACCACAACCUCAAGUUGACCGAAAUCGCCAAAGGGUUUGUUCCGUCGCUGAAGCGCCUGUUGGGAACUCCUGCUUACUUCUUGCUGCUUUGUGGCAGCGUCCUGAAGUUCAACUCCUUCAUCGGCCUCUUCACCUUCAAAGCCAAAUACAUGGAGCAGCAAUUCGGACAGUCUGCAUCCAGAGCCAACUUCCUCAUAGGUGUGUUGAACCUGCCCGUGGUGGCGUUGGGGAUCUUCUUGGGAGGGCUGCUGAUGAAGCGCUACAAACUGAGCGUGGUGGCGGGGGCUCAGCUCUCCUUCGCCACCUCCUUCAUGGCCUACCUCCUCCUGCUGCUGCAGUUCGGCACCAAGUGCGACAACAUUCCCGUGGCUGGGCUCACCAUUUCAUACAACGGGACGCAGAGUGUCGCACACGACAGAGAGAUGCUCAUCUCAGAGUGUAACAGAGACUGCUCGUGUUCGGCAGAGGAGUGGGAUCCCGUGUGCUCAGACAGCGGCAUCACCUACAUCUCUCCGUGUUUGGCUGGCUGCCUCGGCUCCAGUGGAUACGGCAAAAACACAGUUUUUCAGAACUGCAGUUGCGUGUCCGCCUCCUUCCCAACAGGCAGCAGUACAUCGGUGAAGCUGGGUCGGUGUCCCCAUGCCCAGGACUGCAGCCGUAGCUUCAUCUCCUACAUGGCCGUGUCUGUGAUCAGCUCCUUCAUCAACUCUCUGGGAGCAACACCCGGCUACAUGGUCAUCAUACGAUGCAUCACACCAGAGCUCAAAUCACUUGCUCUGGGUAUUCAAACCUUGGCAACCAGGACUCUUGGUGGAAUUCCUGCACCGAUGUAUUUUGGGGCCCUGAUUGAUUCUACGUGCCUGAAGUGGUCGAUCAAGAAGUGCGGCGGCAGAGGAGCCUGCCGCAUUUAUGACUCUAACAUGUACAGGGUCAUCUUCCUGGGUCUGAUCACUUGUCUCAGUGGCUCCUCAUACAUAUUCAUCAUCGCCGUCAUCCUCCUCCUCAGAAGACAGUUUCGAAAGCCAGAGCGGGAAACAGAGAGACAGCAAUCGAAAGGUAAGGAAAUCGAACUUAAGACCUCAUCGAGCGCCACUGAGGACCAGCUCAACGCUCCCAAAAGUCACAUCCCAAGAGUUUUGGUGAGGAUGGCGUCAGAGCUGGAAGAGGAAGGGGACAUUCAGAGAACAGAGCAGCUUGCCAAAGAUGGCGGACAGCAACAGUCCCUCUGCCUGACAGAGGCCACAGUAGAACCCUCUCCUUCUCCUGCUAAUGGAGCAAUGUUAGGGCCUCAGUCCGAGGAGGAGGAGAGAGAGCAGAAAGACGAGGUCUCCUCUGAGUCAAAUAUACAGGUGGAUAAAGAGAGCGCAGAGGACAAGGACGAGACACAACAUGGCAAAGAAGCUGAUGGACCACAAGGAUAAAGUGUUCACCAUCAACUGCAUAUGAAAAUGGACGUAGACUCAAGGUUCAGAGAGUAAAGCCGGCGUGGAAGUGCCUGAAACCUGCAUUCUCUCAAACUCCACUGGUUGCAAAAAGAAGUCGAUGAGAAAAUGACGUCUCACUUGAUUUGUAACGUCAUUAAACAUUUUCAUACGGACUUUAUGAUCGCAUUUUCUACUUUCAAGUCUUCUUCGACACAGUGUGAUGAUCAAUUUGUAAAAGAUGAUCCCGUUUAGAGAAGACAAUAUAGGACAAUCGGCAUUGGGGCCUGGAUACCGUGUGAUUGAAAGCUACUAGGUCGCAUUUGUAGGUGGGCGUGCAGUGUCAGACUCACGCUCAGCUCUUCAUCGUAAAAUUACAACAAAAUAAGAUGGAAUGUAUAAUUUUUGUCAAGUUCCUUCAUAUCAAGUGUCAUGUACUUAAGUGCAAAUUUUAAAAAUCGAUGUAAUUCACUUGUUGCACGAGGCAUUCAAAAUGAUGUUUAUAUAGAGAAUCGCUUUCUUCCAACCAGUUCUGUUACUGAAUACACAUAACGUUUACAAGCUUUCAAAAUACUUUAUAUAUGUUAAUCUGGAGGGAAAAUAGUACAAUAUGAAACAAUGAAACACACCACCAGCAUCUCUGACCAAAGAGUUUAUCAUUUCCAUGCAUUUCAUUAACGACUGGAAUCUAUUGCCUCUCUGUACUGAACAGACUUUUUCAGCUCAGUGUGUUACUGUGCUUUUGACCCUUUGGACACAUUUCUGGUUAAGUGCAAACACUGUUACCCUCCAGGUGUGGAUGCUUUCAGUAUGAGCCGUCAUUUACAGGUCAAAGCACCGAUCCCCUUUACAGACACUGACCACAUGUCUGUUAAUCAAAUCACUGCUAACAUUUGAUCCCUCUUAUGUCCAAAGCUCGAGGAACAGAAAUUCAGCAUCACUGAAUGUAAACAGAGGCAAUGCUGCCAUUGUAAAUGGAGGAGCAUGAAACCAAUAGGGCAGGAGCUGUUCCUCGUGAAGUCUCAUUCAGACCAGACUUUAUCCUUUAUCCUCUGUGGUAUAAAUGGUUUUAUCUCUGUGACACGAGGCAGCAAAUUAAACUGUGAUGCAAAAUCUGUUUCGUUGCAAUUAGUAAAAUAAAUCAAGGCAUGUGA